AUGACUGGUGAGACGACAGUGCGUUGUCCCACUGUCGAGGCAGUGCUCCAUGGCGAAGUGUAUAAACUUUUCAUUGGCAGAUACCAGACCCAGUCAAAGGUCAAUGCAAUCAUGCCCGAGAGCUUCGCCUCAUUAACCCCGCCUUACUCAUGGGCCACAUAUCAUGAGGUCGAGGAAUAUCGUGAGGGGUACCCCCGGUACACAGCCCUUCUCUCAGCCCACAAGCCCUACUUCGUAUGUAGACCGUUCAACAAACUCCGCGCGCGCCUCCUGCUUCUGAAACAAGACCGUCUGGAUAUCUUAGAGAAGCGACUUGAGGAGAUAGACAGACAAGAGCCUGCCCCGCUGUUUCUUGGGAAGAGUCGAUUUGACAGAAAUGAAGCCCGCAAAGAAGUGUUGGCGGAAAUAGAAACAUGCCUUGAAGAAUACGAUCGCUAUCUCGAGCGCACAAAUCGCGUGUUGAGUCUAUGUCCUGCUCAGGAAAGAGAUGUGCACAGUCUUCGAAACUGGGUGAACGGCACGGGGUCUCUGGCCAGGGAGGAAACAGCAUAUCUUUCGAGUCGAGAGCUGGUUUCUCUUGCGCCCCUAGGUGAUAAUGCAACAGUCAAACUCGAGGCCUGGGUCGAGAAUAUGUUCAUCAAAUUCUAUGCCGGAUUCCGAAGGAACAAGUCCCACGAUCUAUCGGACGACCCAAAUGUAUUUAUAGACUCCGGCCCCCUGGUACAGCGAACAUCUCGAGCACUCCUGUUGUUCCUGAUAACCCUGCUGCUCUUGUUGCCGGUGGUAAUCUGCAGCACCACCGACUCAAACUGGAUCAGAAUAGUCAUUGUUUUGACAUUUACAGUUUGCUAUCUUUUGAUAGUCUCGAUAUUGACUCAAUCUAGAACCAUGGAACUAAUCCUGGCAGGCUCGACGUAUGUUAAUCCUCCCAAAUUCUUCCAAAAAAGCGACCUGGCUAACCUUUGGGGCGCAGGUAUGCUACAGUUCUGA